AUGCAAGGAUCAACGGCGUCGAGGCAGUCGCCGGGCUCGCCUUGGAACACGGGCUUUCGUCCUGCCCAGCACGCCGAUGUCUCGUACACUCCAGCAGGCCCCCCAAUGCAGUCGUCGCCUUUUCUCUUUCCAGGAUACGCCCUAGAUGGCUCGACCACGAGCCCCAACUAUUUCGGCAUUGUCGUCGACAACUCCAGCAACCCACCGGGCUCAAAUCCGGGGCCGCACACCAAAAUGAACUGGGACGCCCUCGCCCAGGCGUCCUCUUCUCUUCCUAGCCCCGUGCCGCAGGCUGUUUCGCCAAAUCCGAUCCAGUUGCGCCUCUUCCAGCUGGCCGGGUCGAAUAACCAUGCCGCCACAGAGAGCACCCAUCACCUCACCCCUCACCAGCCCACGCCGUAUAUGGAUACUUCCACAGGUCCUGCUACACGAACAGAGGACGGCUUCUUUUCCUUGGCCCACAAAGAGGGCCCCCAGGAGAUUCCCACCCAAAAGAACGAGAUCGCUGCUGUCGGUGAUUCGUACUUUGCCAAAAGCAGGGCGGAAUUCAAUAGAAAGACUUCAUCUUCAUUUCGUCUCCCAAGGACAGAUUCUCCAGACACUAUCAAUUUGGACUCGGAACCCAGCAGUCAAUCGGCAAACGUCUUCCAUGGAAAAUCCAACUUGUCUUUGCCGGUAGAAUCGUCUCAUGCCUCAUCCGUCGAUGACGACUCGAGACGGGCAGAUACUCUCCCGGUCUCUCGCGGACAGGAUACCCCCAGCUUCAUCUCAGCAGAUUUGUGUGCUGAGCUAAUCCAGACAGCCUCCGACAAAAUCCUUCUUUUCGACGUGCGGCCAUUCCCUCAAUUUUCACACUCAAACAUCAUUGAUUCGUUGAAUUUGUGUAUUCCGACUACCCUUCUGAAGAGACCUUCUUUCAAUACCAACAAGCUCAAGGACACCUUCGCCAGCGAUGCCGAGAAACGCAAAUUCUCCCUGUGGAAAAGCAGUGUUUAUAUCAUCGUUUACGACUCAAACACUGAUAAUCCGCGAGACACCAUGCCGCUCAUUAACGUUGUCAAGAAAUUUAGAUCAGAAGGCUGGCGUGGUGACGCCCGAAUAUUACGUGGAGGGUUCGUGAAUUUUGCCAGACGCUUCCCACAUCUUGUCCGAGAUCAGCGGCAAAACAAAGGGACAAUUUCAGCCAAACAACCUCGGUCGAUGAGUCUAAGCCUACCAUCAGUUGCUCCUGUAGCUGGCGGCUGCUCGUUGCCGAAUAUGUCAGCGGCCAACCCUUUCUUUAGUAAUAUUCGCCAGAACAUGGACUUGGUUGGUGGUGUCGGUCAGGUGGCCAUCAAACUUCCAGAUACGCUGACGCCUGCUGGAAACAAAUCACUUCCCAUGUGGCUACGCAAAGCAUCAGCUUCUGAAGACAAAGGACACGACGUAUCACAAAAGUUCCUCAAGAUAGAGGAACGAGAAUUACACCGUAUGCGAGAGGCAUUAGCCUCAAAUGCCAACUAUGAUGAACAAUCCUCGGCCGGAUUCCGUGUUGCUGGAAUUGAAAAAGGCUCUAAGAAUCGCUACAACGACAUUUAUCCAUUUGAGCAUUCCCGAGUUCGGCUUCAAGACGUUCAUCCAGGCGACUGCGACUAUAUUAAUGCAAGUCAUGUCAAAGCUGAGCUCUCUAACAAGCGUUACAUUGCGACCCAGGCGCCUGUUCCGGCAACAUUCGAGGAUUUCUGGCGCAUCAUUUGGGAGCAAAAUGUUCGAGUCGUUGUGGCUCUGACGGCAGAAGUAGAGCGGGGCCAGGUCAAAUGCCAUCCCUACUGGAAGCCGGGAGACUACGGCCCUUUUAAAGUCAAGGUACUGGGCGAAAAGCGCGUGUUUAUGGAUUCGAAAAGCAACGGAAGCCCUCCCGGCUCACGAGACGACUCGUUGGAGCGAAGCCCAUCCCCCAGUCCAAAGGCAGAUACAGAAGAGCCACGUCCAGCAAGCGAAGAAUCUCCUUUUAUAAUGGUGCGACAUUUCGCCCUCUUGCACUCUUCAUAUCCCUUUCAGCCGAUACGAGAGGUUUCCCAACUUCAGUACUCGUACUGGCCAGAUUUCGGAACGACGUCGCAGCCAACUCAUUUGCUCAAAAUAGUUGAGCAAUGCAACAAAAUCACAAGAAAGAAUAGCGGUUUGAACCUGAAUAUCGACGAUGCUGAACCUCCUGGGCAGCAACCUGUCCUAGUUCACUGCAGCGCUGGAUGUGGACGCACCGGUACGUUUUGCACAGUCGACAGCGUGUUGGACACGCUGAAACAGCGACGACAGCAACAGAACCAACUGGACGAUGCGGUCGAUAUUAUUGCGAAAACCGUCGAGGAUUUCCGAAAGCAGCGUCCAAGUAUGAUACAGAAUCUUAGCCAGUUUGUCCUAUGCUACGAGAGCGUUUUAGAAUGGAUGGUUGCACGGACUGGAGCUACGGGGAGCUCAUGA